AUGUCCCUUAACGAUCAGCAGAAGAUCAAGGAGAAAGCAGAGAGCAGUUCACUCUUCCGAUUUUCUCAUCCAUCGGAGGCGUCAAGUCGGAGCCACCAGAGGACCAUUCAAUCCCAUGCCACGCAGCAUAAGCACCGCGAGCGGCGGAAGCAGGCAGGUCGCAAGGUGGAAGCAGUAGCUAAGAAGCCCGCCAAGCGCCUGCGAACAGCUCGCCCAUACCAAGUUCUGCGAACCAAAGUCGAUACUGUUGGAGCACCGCUGGCGAAUGAUGACCCAAUCAGUCGGGAGUUCACUGCUCCGUCCUCAAGCGGCGAACAAGCAGCUCCAGGUACCGCUGGCCAACGCCUUGAGUUCGUGACAUGCUCUGACCCAGAUCAAUUGAAGUCGCCAAGCAUCCGCAAGAAGGUCCGAGUACAAGCUGGAAAGUCCUCGCAUCCUUCCGCUCUUCGUGCGAGGCAAGCAGACGACACUCUCGAGCUGAGUCACAAAGACCAGGACCGCGAAGGCCAUGCCGCCUCAAUCGACGAUUUCCACUUCCUCGACGCCGAACUGCAGCGUUUUUUCUCCGCCUGGCCAGGUCUGCAAAAGUCAAGUACCUUCGGCGUAUCGCAAGACACGUACGGCUUGGCCAUCGCCCAAUCUUCGCAGUAUGUGUCGGAUCUCGUUCUCCGAGACCAAAACUACCGCAUUGAGGAGGUCCUCGGUCGUUUAGGCUGUACGAUAGAGCUAGCCAUGGAUCACUUUCUGCUCAUCGUCUUCUCCCAGCCUCCCGGUCUCGAAGCAAAUUACAAGUGA